AUUUUGUAAAAAGUGGGUGCGGCUUAUAUAUGCGCUAUAUAGUCCGGAAAUUACGGUAGCUUAAUAACAAAAUAUUGACCUUUCUAACUAAUCAAAAAGUCAUUGAUGAAUUUUGUUGGUUAAUACUUUUAGUUUACAUUUAAUUAUAACUUCUGGCUAGCUCUGGGUAAUAUGAAGAGGUAACAGUGCUUAUAGAAGGGCUUCAUCUUCACACUUAGAUAUCCACUGACAACAAACUAAAACUAUAAAUACGUUGUUCAGCAUCACAGGCUGAUGAUGUUUUAUUUAAUUAUUAUUUUAACAAUGUAAUACAAUUGCAAGUGAUAUUUAGGUAAUACUCACUAAAUAGAGACCUUGCUAUGUGACUGAGAAAACUUGCUGCUAAAAUAAUUAGGUAAGGAACUGGUAGGUUUUCUGACCUGUUUGUCUAAAAGAAAUUUAAAGUGUUGAGUGGAAAAAUAUUUAGUGUAAAGCUUUUAGGUUUCACUUGACAUGAGCUAAAUGAUGAUUGUUAGAUUUUGCAUAACUAUCACCUACAUUAUUAUAAAAUGUAAACAGUUUAAACAGUAUAAAAUCUCUUGAACAGCAGCCACUGCUUACUCGUGUGCAAUUUGUCUGAGCUGAACAUGUAACACUAAGUCAAACAGUCUUGGCUAUUUAUCCUGACACUCACUUCCCCAUUAUCCACCACACUACAAACAUCCUCAUGUUAUAAUAACCCACGUCUGACGUCUUGUGCUUCUUCAAUCAAAGUCUUCACUUUCUGCUCAUCAUGCGGCACCAAAGAAACGCAGAAUUUGUUAAGAUUUAUUAGAUGCACUUCAGGCAUUUUAUGUAAUUAAAUGCAGUAAAGAAUCAUAAACAGCAUAUCAACGAUGAACAUAUUACUGCUCUUAAAUGUAUGAAUAAGCAAGUGUACAGGUAUUCCUAAUAAAGUGGUCAACUGGAAAAUGUAUUCUAAAUUGCCUAUUAUUUGGAUAUAAUUUACAAUUAUAAUAAUAUAACAAUUUUAUUUUUCAUAAAUAACUGAAGAAUUCAGGAAUUAUCAAAAGUUAUGUAUUAUAGAUAUCUUUUUAUAAAUAAUAUCUACUAUUUCUCUGAUUUCCAACCUUACACCAGUAAUCAAGUGGAAACAGGUGGGUCUCUCUCUUGGGUAACGACAGUAAACUAUGAUUGAAUUUGUUUCAAGCUUCCCAUUGGUUUAUCCUUGCGGCUACAUCAGCCAAUAAGAGAGCAGGGACAUAUAACGGUAUAACGGAGCAGGAGCACAAAGGCACAACGGUGUCGAAAAAACGGCACGAAACCGAGAAAUACGAGAUUCAAAAUGAGACAAACAAACUUCCCAGUAAAGCCAAUAAUCCUCAGACUGCGACUUUCUACAGAGUUAUAAGGCAGGCAUUAAAAGGGAGACGAAAACAAGAAAAAAUGCUACCGCCGAGCCUUCUCAAAGAUGGCUCCCAGAACGGAACGCACGACGCAUGCUCAGAAGUCGUGUCGCGCGUGCGCGAACGCAGCCCUAUGCCAAUUUGCGCCAACUACGUCCAGAGGAUGUGGCGAGCAGGCAUUAUUUUUAUUCCACCCGCAUUCUACGAGAUCCCGCCUCCCGAAACACGAUUGGCUGCCGCUUUGCAGUGACUGAUUGGUAGACUAAAUGAACGAAGGAAACCUUAUCCAGUAACAGAGCAGAUGACGGAACGGUAAAAGCCAAUCAAAGCGAAGAAAGGAGGCGGUUCAGCCGUAAUACGGGUGAGGAAGGAAAAAAAAUUAACGCGCGAGCAUCAGUGUUGUCGAGUUUGGAUGCAACGGCGUUUCUUCAUGACAACAAUGAUCUCCGCCGUUAUCCGGGACGCGUCUAUGGAGGAAACGGGCGAUUAUUAAAGCUCUAGUUUGCAGCUGAAUCGUCGUGUUUCCCCACCACCACCGGAGCUGAUGUUUUGUUUGUCGCAUCAUGGAUGGGCCCGAUUUGACGGCUUUAUCCCGCGUCUGUGCUCGCUACGAUCGGAGAAGGAGGAACAGGCGAUACCCAGGCUAGGCCUCAGCUAGGCCAAACACUGCGGCGUGCGGAUUUAUUUAUACAAUUCGCCUUCUACCGCCUGACACCCAUACAGCUGUUUUUGUAGCUGUUGCACAGCAAAACCAUACGUUUACUUGGAAAUUAUUGCCUCCUGGACGGUUGAAUUGUUUCAUUGGGUCUGUUAGCCCCGCUGCUAUGUGAAGAUGGCCAAGUAAUCAGUUAGCACAACAUCGGCACUGGAACACGGACAGGGGAGUAUUUCAACCUGCAUAGGAUUGUUUACAUGUGCGCUUGUGCUUUUUUUUUUUUUUUUUUUAUAAAGAAAACGUGGUUUUGGAUACCUAAAGAUCCUGGACUUUAUUCGUUUGCAGAGGUUACAGGACUUCCACCCUCUUCCCCGAGGAUCAGUAUAAUUGACUAGCUGCAAUAGCUUAGCAUUAGCCGAUUGGACUGCUAAGCUCAGCUGAGUGAGUGAAUGUGGGAUAAAAUGGAGACCCCAACUAUAGUGUAUGAUCUGGACACCUCCGGCGGCCUCAUGGAGCAAAUCCAGACUUUGCUCGCGCCGCCGAAGUCGGAAGAAGGCGAGAAGCGGAGCCGGAAGUUGGAGAGGAGCAGCAGGAGAGCAGGGCGCGCGACCAACCACGACACCUGCGACAGCUGCCGAGAGGGAGGCGAUCUGCUGUGCUGCGACCACUGUCCCGCCGCCUUCCACCUGCAGUGCUGUAAUCCGCCACUGAGCAGGGAAAUGCUCCCCCCAGGCGACUGGAUGUGCCAUCGCUGCACAGUUCGCAAGAAGAAGCGAGAGCAGAAGAAAGAGCAAAUCAAUGGCCUCAUGCAGGCCAAGCAGACUCCGUCCCCUGCUGCCGAGCUGGACCUGGGCACACUUCGCCUGGAUCCCACCGUUGCUGGCACCGGCUUGCGGGCCGCUGUGGCUCAGGUGCGGCUUCUGGAAAGGAGACCGAGCAGCCGUCCAGCCACACCCACCUCUAAUGCCUCCUCCACGGACACGCCCACACCCUCUGAGCACAAUGACGUGGAGGAGGACCUGUUGGAUGUGGAGGACGAGGCACAGGGUUCAGAGCCUGAGAGUGGGCCUUCUACACUCAAGAGGCCCUUUGACUUGCUGAUCGCUGCUGCCAUGCAGAGGAACCCUACGCAGUUCCAGCUACCCAACGACCUCACCUGUACUACCGCACUUCCAGGAACCAGUAAAAAGAGGAGGAAAGAGGAGACGACAGGGAAGAACGUGAAGCGGCCGCAACAUGAGCUGGACCACUAUGGACUCGUCCCACUGCCAGUCAAAGUGUGCUACACCUGCAGCAGGAGCUGUAGGCUGGCUCCAUUGAUCCAGUGUGAUUAUUGCCCCCUCUUGUUCCACAUGGACUGCCUAGAGCCUCCGCUUACAGCCAUGCCCACGGGCAGAUGGAUGUGUCCCAAUCAUAUCGAGCACUUGGUGCUGAACCAGCGCAACCUGACUCUCAGCAACCGCUGCCAGCUAUUUGACCAGUUUCAGGACCGCAUUUCCCAGCAUGCGGUAAAAGUUGACUUUCUCCAACGAAUACACCGUCAGCAUCCGCCUACGCGAAGAGCACCCCAUAUUUACUCCAAGAGAACGGUGAAGGUCCCAGAUGCCAUCAAGUCACAGUACAAGAGCCCACCUGCAAUGAUGCUGCCUGCUCGAAUCCGGGACGGUGAGCUCAUCUGCUCAGGCUUAUCAGAAGCCUCCCCAUCCUACCACUUAAGCAGUGAUGAUGAGCAACAGCAGUGGCUCAGGGACGUGAUCUCGCUCCAGUGUAGCAUCGUGCGCCAUUUGUCUGCCAAGCAGACGUCACCCUCACCAUGCGACUCUUCACAGGCAGGAAAGUCUGAUAUUAAGCAACCCGGAUCCCAGAAUUUGCAUUCUUCCCACAGCUCAGACACAGCAUCCUCUGGGAAAACAUCAGAAUCCCUCAGCCUUAACUCAGAGGAGCAUAGAGUGUGUAGUUCCUGUGCUGAAAAGCCCUGCCAGAACUGCAGCACCAGCAACGGUCCUGUAGAACGGCCUGCCCACACCAACGGUAAAUUUGGGCAGGUGUGUUCCACUGCCCCAGAUGACUCGAACGUAACCCGUUCAUACACUCCCUCUAUCCUGGCUUUACCUAAUCAUGCCAGCCCUGUGCUCUUAAAGACUGAAGACUUAAAUACCUGUGCUGCUACAGAAUCCCUUCCUUCUGCUUGUGUUAAAUUAGAGCCCACCCCCCCUCUCCCUCAAAGGGCUUCCCCAAGGUUGCUGCCAGGUAAUGAUGCAAGCUGCCAGGUGUCUUCGGUGCCCUCCUGUGAUGGAAAAAUUUCCGAGGAUGCUGCAGCUCAAGGCAACAGGUCUGACCUGUUAAAUUUGGGAGACUUGUCCAGCUGCCUACGAGGCAUGAUGAAGGGAACAGGGGACAUCGAGCUGAACACGUUAGAUGAACGGUUCAUCAAACUCCUUGCGUGGCAGAGGAUUCAGCAGCUCUUCGAGCCAAAAGCACUUCCAGUGCAGAGCGAAGCAAAGUUACCCAACAUCCCCUCUGUCACGCAGCGAAGCCAGCACACUGAAGCGCAAAAUAAAGAAGUUCAGGCAAGAGCGACGUUUUAUCCUCUAUCUGGGAAGGGAGCAGCAGUCAGCAUGUGCUACAGAAGCCUUUACAUUGGAACUGGUGCUGACAUGGACGUGUGCCUUAUGAAUUACGGCCAUUGCAACUACGUAUCGGGAAAACACGCCUGCAUAUUUUAUGAUGAGAAUACAAAGCAGUACGAAUUGCUGAACUACAGUGAGCACGGGACAACGGUGGACAACGUGCUAUACUCCUGUGACUUCUCUGAGAAAACAGGACCAAGUCCAUCCAGUGGCUUGGUGUCCAAAGUGCAGAGCAUCAUUCGUCGCUGUAAAAAGAGGAAGCAGGAAGAGGAGAAGGACAAGAAGUGUGGUGACAGUAGUGGAGUGAUGAGCAGUCAAGCUGUAGACUCACAACUCCGGCCGUGUGGCUGCAAGGCGAGCGGCUCCAGUCUAAUAGGUGGCAGCGGUGCGGGCUGGGAGGGCACAGCGCUCCUGCACCAUGGCAGCCAUGUCAAACUCGGCUGCCUGCAGUUUGUUUUCAGCAUCACCGAAUUCGCCAGCAAGCAGCCUAAAGAAGAAGGAGCAAGCAGCAUUGUGUGUAGCCCCAUCCAACAGGGGGAGCCACUGACUAAACCCACUGCCCAGAUCCACCAAGUGCCAGUGCUGCACCAUAACCCUGUUCCUUAGCCCCGCCCACCUCAGGUGCCAGUUGCGCCUCCUAACCAGCCUCGGAGCUCGGACUUGUACAAAACUACACACUCAUUCGUAAUUAUUUAAUUGUUCAUAUGUUUGCAUGAGGUGAAGUCUCACUUUUUCUCCCCUCCGUCUCUUUCAGAAGCUCUGAUUUUGUGGGAGAGUUGCACAUUGAAACUUUUGUUUGUGUGUAAAUGCAAAUGUCCUGUUUUUAAAAGGGAUCGCGUUCACUAAAUAGCACGAACCAAUGAUCAAGCGAGAAGUUUCCACUUGUAAAGAAAUCAGAGCACGUUCUAUUUUGUGCCAGUAACAAUAGUUUUUAUAUAAACACAACUUUUUCCAUAAGAAAGAACCUUUUAUUUACUCAUUUUUAUUUAAAUGUUCUGUAUUUGGAAGUAUAGUAAUGUUCUUGUUCCUUUUUCGCUACCUACACCGUAGCAUUUUGAAAUUCAGAUGCGUGUUCACACACAUGCGAAUCCGCCUACACGUUGUAUAUAUGUCUAUGUAUCCGUGUCUGUGUAAUCCGUGUGAACACUGGGGCAUCCACACACAAACACACCACCACCAGACAAUAGGAAUCCAUUAUGUACAGAUCAUAAUGAGGGAAGCAGUGGGUUCUAUGUAUAUAGAACUUUAUUAUUAUUUUUUUUUAUAUUUGUACAGUGCUUCAUUUGGUUGAUGUUCUGUAGCUAUCAAAGUGUUAAGUCCCUUUUUUCUUCAAUACUGUAGUCAUUAUGUAUAUGUCUGUUUCAAAGAGAUUUCAUCAGAACAGUUUCUGACAUACUCUGUUCUUACAAUUUUGACCAGUCUGUUAAACAGUGUAAAUAUCUAAAGAUUUUAAAUAACAUGCUUUAGAAACA